CAACGGUCCAAAUCAAACCCCAACCCUCUUCCUCUUUAUCUUUACCCACCCUUUCUCUCUUCCUCCACCUCUCUCUCUCUCUCUCUCUCUCACUCUCCGCCUUCUCUAGAUUCUUGCAACCCCCAUGGCCACUCUCCUUAAAACGCUUCCGUUUAAAUCCCCUCCUUCUCUGCCUCCACGUGUAACACCCAUUUCCUUAAUCUCCCCAAAGCCCUUCCGUGUCUGCUUCAAACACAGAAUUGCUCGUACAAUCUGUCCCUUCCGGUUCAGCUCCACUCCCUCUCUCAGGUUCGUAAAGUUGGUUCCUUUUUCUUCAAAUGGAGGUGAAACUGAAACUACUGAGACCCAACAAGAAAUUCAAGAACCUCAAAUUGAGGACUCUUCAGAUGGUGCUAUUGCUAUUGAAGAGGAUGAUGGGGCCGAUGAGAGUAGUGACGUUGAAGAAAUACCUUCUUCAGCCCUAGUAUUAUUGCUCCAAUCAUACAAAGAAGCUUUGGCAAGUAAUGAUGAGUCAAAAGUUGCCGACAUAGAAGCAUUUUUAAAAUCCAUUGAAGACGAGAAAGUUGAUCUUGAAAAGAAUAUGGCUUCUUUGUUAGAAGAAUUGUCAAUAGAGAAGGAUCGAAUUAUUAGGAUUAGUGCAGACUUUGACAACUUCCGUAAGAGAACAGAGAGAGAGCGCCUUUCGUUGGUAACAAAUGCCCAAGGAGAAGUUUUGGAAAAUUUGUUGCCUGUUUUGGAUAAUUUUGAGCGAGCUAAAGCCCAAAUCAAGGUUGAAACCGAGGGAGAAGAGAAGAUCAGUAGCAGCUAUCAGAGCAUAUACAAGCAGUUUAUGGAGAUUUUGGGCUCGCUUGGUGUAGAACCUGUGGAAACAGUGGGAAAUCCCUUUGAUCCAAUGCUGCAUGAAGCAAUCAUGCGUGAGGAUUCCACAGAAUUUGAAGAAGGUAUCAUUCUUCAAGAAUUUCGCAAAGGUUUCAAGCUAGGAGACAGGCUGUUGCGACCAUCAAUGGUGAAAGUAUCUGCUGGUCCAGGACCUGCAAAGCCUGAACAAGGAGAGUCAUCAGGGGGGGCAGAUGUAGGUGAAACCACAGAGAUGAGUGAAACUGUCUGGAGCAAUGAAACUGCCAAAAGCAGUGAAACUAGCGAGACCAACCCAGGAGCAGAGUCUUGUUGAAGACUGGAGAGCAAACCCGGGUUCAGUUUUGUAUAAGCAACACAUAGUGUUAACACUGCCCCCACUGGUAGGACUCAAAAUUUUGGUGAUGGUGAUCGUUGUGGGUGAUAUAUCGUUGUUAAUUUUGUUUCUUUUUGAAAGAAUUCACAUUGAGAUGAGGAAAGAGAAUGCGUUGGGAACAAUUCCUGUAUCUUUUCAUAUCCCUGCUUGUACACUUGCUAAUGGAGUUACAUAAACAUUAAAUUGAUUAA